AUCCCCCUCUUCUAAAUCUUCUCCAGGUGAUCUUUAGCAGCAAUGGCCCGUACCAAGCAGACCGCCCGUAAGUCCACUGGAGGCAAAGCCCCAAGAAAACAGCUGGCCACGAAGGCCGCUCGUAAGAGCGCCCCGUCCACCGGUGGCGUCAAGAAGCCCCAUCGCUACAGGCCCGGUACCGUGGCUCUGCGUGAGAUCCGUCGUUAUCAGAAGUCCACCGAGCUGCUGAUCCGCAAGCUGCCCUUCCAGCGCCUGGUGAGAGAAAUCGCCCAGGACUUCAAGACCGACCUGCGUUUCCAGAGCGCCGCCAUCGGGGCUCUGCAGGAGGCCAGCGAGGCCUACCUGGUGGGUCUGUUUGAGGACACCAACUUGUGCGCCAUCCACGCCAAGCGCGUCACCAUCAUGCCCAAAGACAUCCAGCUGGCGCGUCGUAUCCGCGGGGAGCGCGCUUAAACACUCUCUCCUCUUCCUCCUGUCUUUUACACCUUUUCCUGCCCUUCCUUCACCAGUCUGUCUCUCCGUCCCUCUGCCUCUUACCCCCCCCCCCCUGUGUUAGUAGUAUGUAGAGAAAAACUGAUUAUAUUAUGAAUAAAGUGUAUAGUUGUGUCUUUCUUAGUGCUCUCUGUAGCAGACUCCUAGGGUACUCUCUUUUUGUGCAUGUGCCGACUCGUUGGUGAUGAGAUCUCCUCAAGCACACGUCUCCUAGUUUGCACUGUCUCUGUGUGGGGGGAGAGGAUGACGUCUGGAUAGAAUAAGGAAAAAACAUGGACUAGAACAAUGCAAAUUUGGGAGGGGGCAGCCAGGAGGAGAGGAUGGGUAUGUCUGCUGGGGUGGGGGGGGCUUUUGUCUCUUUUUCUGCAGCAGGGUGCUAGAAGAACUUUACCGUGUCCUCUCCUUCUGCUCUGCAGAGACGACGGCCCGAGGCUGUGUUCUGUCCCCGUGUGCGUCUGCAUGAGUGUUGGUUCUGAUCACCACAGCAUAUUGUACACAAUGCAUCAGCAUCUUUUUGACAACUUGAUUUACCAUAUUGAUAGUUGCUGUCAUUCAUGUUUUUUUUUUCUUCACUUCAAACUAUUUGUAGAUGAUGUGGAGACGGGGGGAUAAAUCAGAUUAAAACACUGACGGAGUACAAAAGAAACCUUGAUUUGAACAUAUUUCUUUCCUACUGAUAUGUAAAGCUACUGACUUGUUUUGGCACCAAAGUUUGAUCCUCUUUUCCUAACCGACAGAAGAGUUUAACUUCACCUGUUCUUGUGGUGUUCAAAUUUGGUUUUGUCGAAUUAUUUAAAGCCAAAAACUUGAGAGCUCGAGUAUUGCGUCAGAUACUUUUGUAGCAGUGGCUCAUUUUUAAUAAAUAAAUAACCUUUUUAAUAACAAAGCUUCAUUUAGGUUUUUUUUUUUAUGUUCUUCAAAACCAAAAGCUCUCAAAAGUGUGAAAAUUACUAUUAUUUUUUUAAACAAACUAACUGAUUAAAAUGUGAAACUGUAUUGUAAAUCAGUGUUACAUGACAAAUAAUACUGGUGUUUUCUGUAUACGUCCCCCCCUUUGCUUCUAUUUUAAUUUUUUUUCCUCCGGAAUCAGUCGAUCGUCUGUAUACCGUUUCUCAGGUCGUCUUGUCACCCUUUUUAACUUAAUUAUUUUUAUUUUUUUUUGCUCAAUUUAAUUUUCUUUUUGAAAUGUUGAAGAUGAUGUUUCAAUUAAACAAUGUUUGUAAUUUCCAGAUUUGUCAUAUAAGGUGGUAAUAAAUGGAUGUUACACACACUU